AUGGACGUAGUCAAGAUUAUCGACCUGGUUCAGGAGUACAAGUGUCUGUGGGACCAAAGAGAUGCGAGAUAUCACGCGCGUGACCAUCAGAGGAACGCUUGGCGGGAAAUAUCAGAUGAAAUGAAAAUACCUGUUGACGAGUUGAAGAAAAGGUGGAAAGUGCUUCGGGACACGUUUGCUAAAGAACUGAAAAAGGCAAUUCAACAAUCUGGCCAAGCUUCGGACACGGAACUUUCCUCAAAAUGGCCUCAUUUCAAACGUCUGUUUUUCCUUCAAGGUAUAAGAUCCUGCAAAGAUAGCGUAGCAGAUGUAAGUGAGGUUUCUGUUGAAAAUAACCUAGAUGAAGAAGCAAGCAAUAACACAGACCCACAGUCACCACACAGCGAAAAGAAAUUUAAAUCCACGUUCAAACGGAGAAGAAUUUCAACGGAAGAAAAAAAACGGAUUGAAGAAAACUUUCCUCCAAAUGAUCAUGAUGCUCAGUUUUUAAUGAGUCUGUGGCCAUUUUUAAAAGAUGUGCCUAAAAAUCGCAAGUUGAUGGUUCGGAGUAAAUUACAGCAGGUUCUUAUAGAUGAACAAAAUGAAGUUGCACCGGCUGUUAAGUUGGAAUAUUAUAGCGAUUAA